GUCUUGGCGGACGCGCCAUUGUUUGUCGCGUAGGAGGGCGGGCUGACGGCGGAUCGUAUCUCCGGCUUUUCUGACAGACGGACGAGGUUCUGCUGUUCACGCCUUAACAUGCAGGCAUUGUCAGCCCGUCUUUUUCCACUGUCUGCCUCCGCGCACUCGGAGCAUAUCUAGGCGUCGGCACUGCAGUCGUCUGAGACAUACGCUGUCUGUCUAUUUGGUGUCGGUAUUCUGGAUGCCUGAAACACACGUGACGGUGUAUGUACGGUGUUGAGAAGAGAAAUUUUUGUUGAAUGCCCAGAAUUCAGCUUCCCAAGAUUGAACCAUGAACAAAAACAAGCGGGAGAAGGAGUUCUACAGUUUGGAUGUUGGCGAUUCCACAUUCACUGUUCUCAAGCGCUACCAGAACUUAAGGCCCAUUGGCUCAGGUGCACAGGGAAUCGUCUGCUCCGCUUAUGACCACUGCCUCGAGCGAAACGUGGCCAUCAAGAAGCUCAGCCGGCCCUUUCAGAACCAGACACAUGCUAAGCGAGCUUACAGGGAGCUGGUGCUUAUGAAAUGCGUGAACCAUAAAAACAUUAUUGGCCUGUUAAAUGUAUUUACUCCUCAAAAAACACUUGAUGAAUUCCAGGAUGUGUACCUGGUGAUGGAGCUGAUGGACGCCAACCUGUGUCAGGUGAUCCAGAUGGAGCUGGACCACGAGCGCCUGUCCUACCUGCUCUACCAGAUGCUGUGUGGGAUCAAGCACCUGCACUCUGCUGGGAUCAUCCACAGGGAUCUGAAACCAAGUAACAUCGUAGUGAAAUCCGACUGCACCCUGAAGAUCCUGGACUUCGGUCUGGCCCGGACGGCGGCCACGGGUCUGCUGAUGACGCCCUACGUGGUGACGCGCUACUAUCGGGCUCCCGAGGUCAUCCUGGGGAUGGGGUACCAGGCAAAUGUGGACAUUUGGUCUGUGGGGUGCAUUAUGGCAGAAAUGGUUCGCCACAAAAUCCUCUUCCCGGGACGGGACUACAUCGACCAGUGGAACAAGGUCAUUGAGCAGCUGGGCACACCGUCACAGGACUUCCUGAUGAAGCUGAAUCAGUCUGUGCGCACCUAUGUGGAGAACAGACCUCGCUACGCCGGAUACAGCUUCGAGAAGCUCUUCCCCGACGUGCUCUUCCCGGCCGACUCCGAACACAGCAAGCUGAAGGCGAGCCAGGCCAGGGACCUGCUGUCGAAAAUGCUGGUGAUUGAUGCAUCAAAGCGCAUCUCUGUGGACGAGGCCCUGCAGCACCCCUAUAUCAACGUGUGGUACGAUCCCACUGAGGUGGAAGGGCCCCCGCCGCUGAUCACAGACAAGCAGCUGGACGAGCGGGAGCACACAGUGGAUGAAUGGAAAGAGCUCAUAUACAAGGAGGUCCUGGAGUGGGAGGAGAGGACGAAAAAUGGGGUGAUCCGUGGCCAGCCAGCUUCCCUAGGUGCAGCCGUGAUGGGCGGCUCCCAGAACCCAUCCUCGUGCUCCUCCGUCAACGACGUGUCCUCCAUGUCCACCGACCCCACCAUGGCCUCUGACACGGACAGCAGCCUGGAGACCUCAGCUGGCACGCUGGGCUGCUGCAGAUGACCUCCUGACCUGCAUCUCCCUGUUCCCUUGGCCAGUCUCUAGGAUGCUUUGGCUUCUUUUUGGGGUUUUUUGACUGUAAAUAAUCAUGGCACGUAUUUUAUCCCCUAGCAGGAAUUUGAGAACAUAUAUAUAUUAAAAAAAAAAAAACACUAAAGUGUCUGCUUAAUUUUAACUAUGAUCAAUUAGUACUUCUUUUUAAGCUACAGCAAUACCAUUUUGCCAUAUGAUUGCAGAAUGAUCAGUUUAGUACAGUGUUUCCCGACUCAAUCAUCAGGGACCCACAGAUGGUCCAUGUUUUUGCUCCCUUUCGGCUCCCUGCCAGAAAGUCCACAUUUUUGCAAAAACACGGACUGUCUGCGGGUCCCUAAGGAUCUGAUUGGGAAACACUGGUUUAGGUUUUAUGGUGGAAAUGUUUUGAAACUUUUCUUUUCUUUGCUGUGACCUGUCUCCUUUCCAGCCUGAGUGAUUUUUGCUUUUCCUUAAAAGGCUGUAAAAACGGUCUUCCGGGCUCCUUCUCAGCCAGUGGAUUUUCAAAGGCACGGUCCACUUUGCAUUUUUGAAGCAUCCAGCAUGGGACUGUCUAAUUAGCCUACUUUGUAUGACGCUUUCAGUUUAAGACGCAGCAUUUUGAUACAUUUUUUGUUAUAGAUCAUCUCUGAGGAACCUUUGCUGCCUCAUCCUUUUCUGCACAGUGUGCUCAUCCAGUAGGAUUUGGUGAUAGUUCUUGACAGCUGUAAGUUUUGCAGGUAACCAGGGAGAAGUGUUACAGUAACAUCAAAGAUGUAUUGGGGUUAGGGUUGUGCUUCCCACGUCUCUGCGCUGUUUGGCUCCAUACGGACGAGUGUCACUGUGGCAAGCUGUAUAGCUGGGAGUUGCUGGUGGCAGCCACCUGUAAAUAAACUUCAGGUGUAACAGAGGGUGACGACGGUUGCUGGUUCGUUAGCUAUUGCGUUGCCUGGUAACAGGCCAGAUCGUAGGUUUGGAUCCUGAGGUUCCAGUGUUUUGCGUGGGAGUCUGGCAAAGAAAUCCUGUUAGCUGGUUUUAUAACAGUAUCAUGGUGGCUCAAGUAUGUAUUAAAGUAGCGUUUUAACUGAGUUUCAGUACAGUUAUGUGUCACUUUUAGUGCUUUAUUUGAUUCAUUUAAUGAAACACUGGACCUGUGAGUGGUUGCAGCUUCACUUCUGCGCUCUUUGCGUGUUGAUUUGCUUUACGGCGAACAAAAAGCUCCGGACUGGAGGAGCUGAAGCUGUACGAUAUGAGAAGCCAACGCAGUAACGGCAUCCUUUCAAAGUGGCUUGUUUUACUUACUAAAGGGAAAAGUGCCUGCAGCUGCUGCACGUUCAUUCCUGAAUGACUAGGAGACAAGAAUUUGCUUUGUGAGAAUUUGUGUCUGAAUUUGUGAAUGGCUGUUUUAUUUUCCCGCUAUUCCCUCACAUUUUAGGGCGGCUAGUACAAAUCUAUUUUUUUACUGCUUCGACGAACCCAAAGGUUGGGAAAGGUAAUCUGAGAAAGGGACACUUCAAAAUGUCAUGGAGCAUUUUUAAAAGUUAUUUUUAAGAUACCAUGGGCAGUUUGGUCAGGUUUUUCAUCAAAGUAAUUUUCUUUUUGAAGUAUGACGACUUUUCUCAAAUCCCCUGAUACAUGUCAGAUUGUGUUGUGUUAAAGCUGUGUUGGACGGCUGAGGGAGAACCGAUUGGAGCAGAUCUGUGUGUCAGAGCACAAUAUCGUACACGUUUGGCAUGUGUGUCUGGUCUGUGACCCGGGGUACCUCUGAAAAGGGUGGACUCCUCACGGAUUUUGUGUUUAAGUGCUCUUAUUUUCGUGACUGAUUUGGAGCCCCCUUCUGGUGCAGUCAGAGCUCUGCCUCCCCACUGCAUUAGGGGGUGUUGGAUCACAUUUAAAAAUAGACUUUGAUGAACUACCUCACACUAAAUUACUCUGAGUCCCUGCAUAAACUCAGCUGCCCACAUUCGCUAGAGAAAACAAAUGUGAAAUAAAGGAUUUCGUUAUUUAUUUAUUUGAAAUUGUACAAUUGUCAAUAUUAGGAUACUUCUGCUAUUGUACAUUGUGUACUUCACUGAUGAGUACAAAAACUUCAUGUAUUUUUUUUUUUGUUUGUUUUUCUACUGUUCAUGUGCAAUACCCUCUACGUACUUAUGUGUGUAGCAUGUGGUGGACUUUGCCAUGUAUAUGUCGAAAAUGUUUGGUACUGUCAAUCCACAUUGUUUUUUUUUUUUUGUUUUUUUUUAAUAAACUAAACUGAUUUUCUAUG